CUCCCAUGCUCACUUCAACAACUACAUACAAAAACUUCCCUUACUAAGCUACUCAAAAUUAAACAAAAAAAACUUGCUUAAAACUGCAAUAUUAUUAUCCAUUCUACACUUCUCAUCUUACCAUUUUUUCAUCCUCCACCAUUUUUAGUACUUACGAUGGCGAAGAGAGAGAAAGACCUAACGGCGUUACAAUUUAUAGACGACGUGACGAGCCAAUGUGAUGAGGUACAAAGGAAGGUUUUGGCUCAGAUUUUGAGCCGAAACGCAGAAACGGAGUACUUAAAACGACAUGGAAUGAAAGGGUGUAUUGAUCCUGAAACAUUUAAGAAUAAUGUUCCUGUUGUGACGUACGAGGAUAUUCAGCCUGAUAUCCAACGUAUUGCUAAUGGGGAUUUUUCCCCUAUUCUUUGUGCUCAACCAAUUACCGAAUUUCUCACUAGCUCGGGAACUUCAGCAGGUGAGAGAAAGUUGAUGCCAACAACUGCUGAGGAAAUGGAUAGGAGGCAGCUGCUUUACAGCCUUCUUAUGCCUGUUAUGAACCAAUACUUACCAGGCCUAGACAAAGGAAAGGGCCUCUACUUCUUAUUCAUCAAGGCGGAAACAAAAACUCCAGGAGGUCUAGUAGCUCGUCCAGUUCUUACAAGCUACUACAAGAGUAGCCACUUUAAAAACCGACCUUAUGAUCCAUACAAUGUUUAUACUAGCCCUAAUGAGGCCGUACUUUGCCCUGAUUCUUUUCAAUCCAUGUACACUCAAAUGUUAUGUGGACUCUACGAACGCCAUCAAGUCCUCCGUGUAGGGGCUGUUUUCGCCUCCGGCCUCCUUCGUGCAAUCCGGUUCCUCCAAGUCCACUACUCCGACCUCUGCCACGACAUCGCCACCGGAACCUUAAGCCCUAAGAUUACGCACUCGAGCCUACGUGAUUGCAUGGCUAAGAUCAUUAGGCAAGACACGGAGCUAGCCGAGUUUAUUAAUCAUGCAUGCAAGGGUGAGGAUUGGGAGGGGAUUAUUAAAAGGAUUUGGCCCAAUACUAAGUACUUAGAGGUUAUUGUGACUGGUGCUAUGGCCCAAUAUAUACCUACAUUGGACUAUUAUAGUGGUGGCCUACCUAAGGUAUGUACUAUGUAUGCUUCCUCUGAGUGUUUUUUUGGGCUCAAUUUGGACCCAAUGUGUGCCCCAUCUGAGGUCACGUACACUAUCUUGCCCAACAUGGCGUAUUUCGAGUUCAUCCCUCUAGACGACUCGGUUGGUUUGACUCGUAACUCGGUGCCUCGCCUUGUCAACUUGGCUGAUGUGGAGGUUGGAAAGGAUUACGAGCUCGUUGUCACCACCCAGUCGGGAUUAUACAGGUACCGAGUUGGGGACGUGCUACAUGUGACAGGAUAUUACAACUCGGCCCCACAAUUCAAGUUUGUUAGGAGAAAGAAUGUGCUACUUAGUAUAGACUCGGAUAAAACAGACGAGUCAGAGUUACAAAAUGCGAUUGAGAGAGCAUCUAUUUUGUUACAACCCUUUAACACAAGCAUUGUUGAGUACACUAGUUAUGCUGACACCAAAACAAUUCCAGGACAUUAUGUCAUUUAUUGUGAACUUCUAAUGAAAGACCCCACAAAUGGGCCGGGUAAUGAUGUAUUGGGCCAGUGUUGUCUAGCAAUGGAAGAGGCCCUUAACUCGGUUUAUCGACAAUGUCGGGUUGCGGAUCGGUCAAUUGGGCCGCUUGAGAUCCGAGUUGUGAAGAAUGGAACAUUUGAGGAGUUGAUGGACUAUGCAAUAUCAAGAGGAGCAUCUAUUAACCAGUAUAAAGUGCCUAGGUGUGUCAAUGUUAUGCCCAUUGUGGAGUUAUUGGACUCUAGAGUAGUGUCGGCCCAUUUUAGCCCUUCAUUACCUCAUUGGAGCCCACAACGAGGCUCGCUUUGAGCCCAAUAACUGCAUAAUAGAAAAAUCAUCACACAUUCACACUAUGUCUUGUGUUUUGAUGGGUGGAAUAGAAAUUUCUGAAUAAGAAUAGUAGUACUAGUCAGUGACUCAUACAAGUAGUAGAUUAUCUUUAUACUUAUGUUCACAAUUAUUUCUCCUUAAAAUCUCGUUUCAAUAUAUAUAUGUGCAUUGUUAUUCAAA